CUGCUGACAUCGCCGGAAGUCAGGGUGGAAAGUCACCAAAUCAAGUCGGGUGAAAACAAACUUUGAGGCAAUUUCCAGUUUAUUCUCUGUUCCUCUUGGGACUGCUGCUCCAAUUCCUGCAGUGACCGCAGUAGAAAACGCUGAAAUAAAAACAAUGUUCCUGUAUAUCCUCGGGCUGGUGGCUGUUUGGUACCUCUACCGCUGGUACAAAGAAAGCGAAAGAGUUCCCAACAAGGGGGACAAAUAUGUGUACAUCACUGGCUGUGACUCCGGGUUUGGGAACAGCCUGGCCAAACAUCUGGACAAGCUGGGCUUUUGUGUGAUUGCUGGCUGCUACACGGAGAACGGUGAAACUGAGCUGAAGAAGGUCUCCUCCGAAAGGCUGACGGCCAUUUCCCUGGACGUCAGCAAGUCUGAAAGUGUGAAAAAGGUGGCGGCUUUCAUUAAGACCCUUGUUGGAGAUAAAGGUCUGUGGGCUGUUGUGAACAACGCUGGAGUUGCCACGCCGUCCGGUCCCACAGAAUGGCUCACCAUUGACGAUUACAAAUCCAUGCUAGCCGUCAACCUCAAUGGAGUGAUCGACGUCACUCUGAGCGUGCUGCCUCUCAUCAAGAAGGCCAGGGGCAGAGUGGUAAAUGUAGCCAGUGUGUUCGGGCGAAUCAGUCCAUUUGGGGGGCCUUACUGUGUGUCCAAGUAUGGAGUGGAGUCCUUUAAUGACAGCCUGCGUUUGAACAUGGCACCAUUUGGAGUCAAAGUUUUGUGCAUUGAGCCAGGCUUCUUCAAAACAAGUGUGACUGACACUGUGAUGCUGAAGAAACACUUCAGGAGCCUUUGGGACAGAUUACCUCAGGAUUUGAAGGAUGACUAUGGGUAUGCUUUCUUGGAGACAGGUCUCGAACAGCUGGACGAAAGGUUCAAGCAGUUUCGAGACAACGACCUGAUGAAGGUAGUCCACUGUAUGGAACACGCCAUCGCCUCCGUCCACCCUCGCUACCGCUACUCCCCAGGAUGGGAUGCCAAGUUCCUCUGGUUGCCCAUAUCAUACAUGCCAACUUGGAUUUCAGAUGGAUUUUUCCUUCGAUACAGUCCCAAACCCAAAGCAUCUGUGAUUUGAGAAGCAUCCUGUGCGUGUUAUUUUCACAACAGUAAAUGUUCGCUUUACACAUCUGCCAAACUUUCUUAACAUCCCUUACGUCUCAAGUCCUGUAAUAAUCUGUCACCCCUUAUUUGAAAAUGAAGUUUUCUGCAUGACAUGUAUUUUUAAUAAAAGUUUCUGUAUUAGUUAUAAAGAGUUAACAGAAACAAUAAUGUGCUGUGCAGUGGUGGCAUAGUUACUUUGAAAAAGUAACUUUAAUUGGAUUACUGAUUACUCCUUGAAAAAGUAACUUAGUUAGAUUACUGAUUACUUGAUUUGGAAAGUAAUGAAGUUACAUUAAACGUAACUUUUUUAGUUACUUUCAGCCACCGGUGAAAAUUACAUUGAUCUUUGCCAAUAUUUAAUCGCAAGUUAUUUUAUAAUGGUAACAUCAAUUAUGUGUUUUCACUUAUAAUUUGUGCGUGUUUUUUUUUGUUCCAGUCUGGAAAACUAUAAAUAGGAUCUUAGACCCCCCGGCCCCCUCCCCACCUCCUCUCCUCCUCCUCCUUCGUCCCUUCCCCCCCCAUCGUCCAGGUUCUGGUGUCACUGCGCUCCUCCUGCGGCUCCACGACUCUGAUGUCCCGCUGCAUAGAUUUGUGACACUUAUCUUAAACUUAAUAUUACUAAUUAUAAUGGCGUUUAGUUGCAGGACUUUACCGACUCGUUGAUUCGUGGCUGUUUUCACAUUAUUGCUGUUUCACAUAUUCGUAUUAGUCUCGGUGUUUGCAGUUUUCUGGAGCGCAACGCGAAACUCGACGUCAUUCACAGGUGAUAUAUAAACUUGAUAUUAACGAAGACACAGCGGGACGUCAGUAACGCGUUACUGAUGUCGGGCCACUUUUUUCAGUAAAUAGGUAAUUAACGCGUUGCCAUUUCAAAUCCAGUAGUCAGACUAAGUAACUUAGUAACGCGUUACUAAAUAACGCGUUACUGGUGCUGCGUAACCUUUGCUCUUGGACCAAGUCAGUGGUUUUGAAGGUAAAGGGAACGCGGUUAUCAAAACAGAGUUAUGUAACUGUUUGGUCUCUUUCACAACUCCAUGCUGGUGAACCAUUUACUCCUCCUCUUAUAUUUGCUAUGGACCUUGACUCUACAGAUAAAGCGGCAAACUUCACCAGCAAGUUAAAGUUUUGCUUAGUUAAUUUGUACAGUUGAAGGUGAGAAACGGCUACUUCUGGAGAGCUGUAACCAUGGUAUGUUUACAUUAUUCUUAUUUCCAUAUGUGUUUUUGCUCGUGUUGGAAAUGAUCAGCUGUGAUGCUCAUCAAAAACUCGUUCAGAGGUAAAUGUAGGAUAUUUUGCUUUUAAAGAAAAACAUUUUUUACUGAAAUUUGCUGCCCUCUGGUGGAAGAUGAAAGCAGUUGCAUCGAGGUUUCUUGGUUUUGGCUUAACAAUAGAAUGAUGAUGUGGUGGUGCACAAAACAAGAAUAUUUUUUACGUUAUUCCCUUUGUUUCUUUAUACACUUGGACCAGGCUGACUGUUUUCUGCAUGCUGAUAAAGCACAGAGGUGUAAGUAUUACAGUUUGUAGAUCGAGUAUAAUUUGUGACACCUCCAAUCAGUUUAUUCUGAAUAAUUGUAUUUUGUCGUUUGACUUCUCAUGCAUAGAAGUUGACAAACAUUCAAUGAAAGCACAGUUAGCUUCUUCAGUUUGUUUUGGCUUUGUCAUAAUGAAGCAAAUGGGGAUUUUCUAUGUAUUGUAUUAAAAGGAAUAUAGAGACUAAUUCUGUUUUUUUAAAUGUCAAAAUAUGACUGCUAUAAUAAAAAUCUAUAAAAUUCC